CAAAUUGUCAAUGAAAAGUCAUAGGAAAUGACUCAACGAAGUGUAAUGAUCACGGAUCUGGAUCAAACCGACCAGGAACAGACAACGGAAAAGGUGCAUGGACACUCCGCGACCCAGCCAAAGCCAAGAAAUCGAAAAGUCUUACAAACUUUAGCGGGUAAUUUUAGUCGUCGCUCAAGAAGUGUGGAAAUUGAACAUCGCCAGGACACAACUGGGACACAGACCAAAAAGAGAGAUCGCACCCUAAAUGGACUGCUGCAGGCCAAGGAACAACAAUUGGAACAAUUGCUGCAACGUCUCUCGACGCUCCAUAAAUACAAUGACCAGUUCGCUCAGGAGAAUGAGAAACUGCGUCAGGAUAGCACACAAUUGGAACGUCGUCUCUCCCAAGCGGAACAGGAAGUUGCGAAUUGUCCACGUUGUCAGCAGUUAAGCCAGAAACUUUCCACCAUAAAUGCUCAGAAUAAAACAUUAAUUAACGAUGUGGAUAUGCUAAAGACUCUAGUCUUUCGUUUGAAUGUUCAAAUCGAGAGCUAUCAGGAUCAGCGUAGGCAGGCUGGCGGGGAUAAAGGGGGAGGAGAAGGUGGCACUAACAUUGUGUCCACACUUCCACAGUCCUAUGAGCUUCCUGCCCAUACAUUGGGCCCCUUACUCCAGGCCUACGACGAGACCAUCCGGGAUAAGGAUGCUCUUCUCACCCAGUAUAGUACAGAGUUUGAGCAUUUUACAGGUGAAUUAAAGCGCGCCCUAGAGGAAAAUACCAAACUGCUGCAAUCACAGGAGCAGCUCCGUCGAGAGGUUGGCAGCUGGCGAGAGGAACGCGUGUGUCUUCAGGCCCAAUUGGGUGUUUGUCGUUCCAAGGCCGAGGCACAGAUGCGCAAAACCGAUUUGGCCAAAGAGAAACUAGUCGAAGUGAUGCAUUGCUAUGAACAAAGGAUGCAGACUUUGCUCUUGGACAUGGAUCAUUUGCAGGCUGCCUAUGCUCGCACCAAAUCCGAAUUGGCUGCCAUGAAAAGCACAACAGCAACAACACCACCAGCAGCACCACAGCCGUCUCCACCCGCAGCUCCUGCCCUUGCCGAUCUUCAGGAAGCUGCAGUACAGCAAUGCAAAAGUCUAUUGGAACAACUGAAGCAAGAGCAUCUGCGAGAGCGUUCAACAUUGGAGGAACAAUUGCAAACAAGUAAUUUGCGUGCCGCUUCGCUUAUGCGCAGCACAGAGAAGGCCAAACAUGCCAGAGAUCGCCUGAAGGCGCGUCUCCGUAUGGCUCUGCAGUGGGCCCAAAAGCUGGAAGCUGGCCAGGCCGAGAUGCGAGACACCUACGAUGCUGUUCGCCGUCUAGAAGUGUUGGUCAAGCAUAAAGAAUCCCAAUUGCGUGGCCUCCAUGCGCGUAAUGUCGAAGAGUUGGAAAAAUUGCGGCAAAAGCUGCAACAAAAAGAUGAAACCAUUAGAAAUUUGUUACGUGGCAAACUAGAGCGACGUCCAGCCGUUGAUUAGUCAAUUGCCUAGCACAAUAGAUGGUUGACCCUCCUAAUAGAAAUCCUCCCACACAGGAUUCUGUGUGAUUAACUCCAUGCAUUAAUAAAAAGCGGCACUUAGGCAUUUACAAAACAUUUCCACAAAUCGGAAGACCUAAAUUAAUUUACAAAUUUUAAAUUCUCUACGGUUCAAGACAAUGAAAACGAUUUUGGUGACCCCGACAUAAUAUCGGGAAUAUUCACCCAAAGACAUUAAGACAGAGACCGUUAACAAUUAAAAAUA